AUGGAUGAGUUCUCGCGGCAAGUCCGCGCCCGCAUCCGCCUCCAUUACGCGAUCAAAGAUGCCAGGCUACCAGCAGAGACGUACUGUGGUCUGUCGGACGAAACAGUGCACUCGGUGGGACAAUCUGGAUGCUACUGCCGGGACUGCCUCAUUUUUCGCAAGCACGAGUGGCGCAUUGGAGACAUGAACUCAGCUGUUGUGGGUCCACGCGACGAGUGUCUGAUGUACUGUUGGGGCGAUGGCGAAAGAGGUCCGUUGUGUUCGCGAGACACGGCCCCGGUGAUCGGUCCGCUCCUUGUCCCGCCCAUCCUGGAGACCAUUACCAUUCAGGAUUCGUCAAAAAGACGAUGGAAAAUCGAACGGGAUGCGAAAUUUACAGCAGUUGCGUCGGGAAAAUAUCAUACGCUGCUAUUAGCAGAAUCACGGCAACUGUUUGCGUGCGGCGACAACUCGUACUGGAAUUUGAGCACGCCGCUGGACCCUGGGUCCGACCCGUCCGACAAUUUCACGACCACCCCAACGUCCAUGAUGGACAACUUCCGAGGCCUAGGACAGUCACGCAUCAUGGCGAUUGCGUGCACGGACUACGCGUGUUUUGCCCUCGUCGACAAACCUGAUGACGACGAGGACCAGAAGGAUGCUGGCUUCAGGCAGCGACGCAAUGACAUGGAGCUCAAAGUAACGAGGAAGCGGCCCAAGGAGAACGAACCCAAGGAAGUAAACGAGUUCAAUCAUGUCUAUUCGUGGGGCCGCGGCGACCGUGGCGUGCUGGGCCACGGCUCAACAGAGUCGCAACUCGUGCCGCGGAUUAUUGAUGCGCUCAACUAUUACAAGGUGACACAACUGGCUGCGGGACGGCAACAUGUAUUGGCGCUGACGGAGUCCCAUGGUGUGUUCGCGUUCGGAAAUGGGAGCCACGGGCAGCUUGGUGUCGGCACGACAUCCGACGCGCUCGUUCCCAUGCGCAUUGACACAUUCGAUGGCAUACACGUAACACAUGUGGCUGCUGGAGACGAAUUUUCUGCUGCGUUGACAGACACGACGGGCAGCCGCCAAGUGUUUAUGUGGGGCUGUGGACAGCAUGGCAAACUCGGCAAUGGCAACACCGACGACAAGCUCAAACCCACACGAGUCCUUGCCUUGCGUGGCACGAAAGUUCUACGGCUUGCCUGUGGAGGAGCACACACCCUCGUGGUCGCUGAACCAGCGGGGGUGAAAGCCACGGGGAAGACCGUCGUCAUGUCGUGGGGCCAUGGACUGUACGGACAACUGGGGCACCGAGACAACUGGGACGCGCGCACUCCGAAGGUGAUUGACGAAAUUGCGAGCGAGCGCAUUGUGUUCGUGAGCGGCGGCGCUCGGCACUCCCUCGCGCUCUCUGAGUCGGGGGCUGUCUGGGCGUGGGGCCACGGCAUUCACGGCCACCAACCCGGCGCCGCUGGCCAAAACAAGGACCUGACAAGCUCUGCCUUGCUUUUCCCACGCAAAGUUCAUCUUCCCGAUGUUCAUGUCAUUGGAGGUGUCGCUGGGCGAGGGCGAACUUUUGUGUGGGGUGAUCGAGCGACAAAAAACCCUCGGGAGCAACACAAAGUGUCGACCGCCGGCACGGACUCGCUGUCUGAUGACAGCUUGUGCAGCAUGUCAUCGGCCAGCACCGUGCUGAGUUCCAACAGUCUGCGUGUGCUGUACUCGUGUGGCACGUGCCACUUGGGGACCGUGUGCGUCGUGUGCGCGUCGCGGUGCCAUGGGGGCCACUGCUUGACGUUGCGAUGGACGCUGGAAAACUGCCUGUCGAGGGAAUGCCAGUGUCCGUCGACGACUAAGUGCGUCGCGAUGGGGAACGAGAUCGAUGUGAACGACUGAACGACUGGCCAUCGCGACCUUCUUCGACACCGUCGACAUGGGAGACGGCUGCAGUGGUUCGUUAACAGGAUGUACAACGCGUUCGGUCUAUGUAAAACUGAGCAACUCUCGCAGCAACUGCUC